CUACUAUUUGAAGCUUCUGCCUCAGCUUGCAUUGUUUGUAAGAGAACCUGCGUCAUACCUUUAUCUGUAGCCUUCCCUUAGGUCUUAAGGAUCCUGAAACUUUCCUGUGGACAUUGAAUUUGGUGGAACAGCAAUCAUGACUGUGGGAAAGAGUAGCAAGAUGCUGCAGCACAUUGACUAUAGGAUGAGAUGUAUUCUGCAAGAUGGUCGUAUCUUCAUUGGCACCUUUAAGGCUUUUGACAAGCAUAUGAACUUGAUCCUCUGUGAUUGUGAUGAGUUCAGGAAGAUCAAGCCAAAGAAUGCUAAGCAGCCAGAGCGUGAAGAAAAGCGAGUUUUGGGUCUGGUGUUGUUGCGUGGGGAGAACUUGGUUUCCAUGACUGUGGAGGGACCACCCCCUAAAGAUACUGGCAUUGCUCGGGUACCACUUGCUGGAGCUGCAGGGGGCCCUGGGGUUGGCAGGGCAGCUGGCAGAGGCGUUCCAGCUGGUGUUCCGAUUCCCCAGGCUCCUGCUGGAUUAGCAGGCCCUGUCCGAGGGGUUGGGGGGCCAUCACAACAGGUAAUGACCCCCCAGGGAAGAGGCACUGUAGCAGCUGCUGCAGUCGCUGCCACUGCCAGCAUCGCCGGAGCCCCAACUCAGUAUCCACCAGGACGGGGGACUGCACCUACACCUGUUGGUCGAGCAACCCCACCUCCAGGAAUUAUGGCUCCUCCACCUGGUAUGAGACCACCCAUGGGCCCACCAAUUGGGCUUCCUCCUACUCGUGGGACGCCAAUAGGCAUGCCCCCUCCAGGAAUGAGACCCCCUCCACCAGGGAUAAGAGGUCCACCUCCCCCAGGAAUGCGUCCACCAAGACCCUAGGAUACUGUUGAUCCUUCUUAGUCACUUUUUGUCCUGCAAUGCAGCUUGUGAAAUGUGUGAAAUGUUUGUGAGCUUUUGUCCCCUCUGUUCCAUUAAUAUUAGCUAAUAAAUGCAUAGAGCAAUUAAACUGUGA